GUCAUUAAAUAGACAUGUGCUUACCGAAUAUAACCUUCAAAGAUAUAAGCAAUUGAGAAUUGUAUAUUCAUUUUAUUAAUUGUUUAUAAUAAAAGAUUCAUUGUAAAAUUUGGAAUGUUAGGAUAUCAAUAAAUAUUAAUAUUAAUAUUAUACAAUUAAAUAUGGAGAAUAAAAAAAAAUCACGCGUGUUAUUAGAAGAGAGUGGAAUAUCAAACAUAAUUGAAUGUUCUUACGAUAAAUGGAACAUACAAGAUUUCUUAAAAAAUUUCAAAAUAGAUAUUGUAAAAGAAUCUCAAAAUGAAAGAGAAUUAGAAUUUGAUCUAAUCAAUUGCCAUUCAUCGUUUGUUAAUGCUAUACGUAGAAUACUCCUAAGUGAAGUUCCAUCUAUGGCUAUAGACAAGGUUUUUAUAUUGAAUAAUAGCAGUAUAAUUCAAGACGAAGUAUUGGCGCACAGACUUGGACUUAUACCUCUAAAAGCUGAUCCUAGAUUAUUUGAUUAUCCGUCUAUUAACGAGAAAGAUGAAAAUGAAGUUAGCGAUCAGGAUACAUUAAGAUAUGAAAUUAAAGCUAGUUGCACUUGGAAUCCACAGCCACCAAAAGAUUCUAAAUUACCAUCUGACCUGUAUAAAUGUAAUAAUGUUUACAGUAAGGAUAUCAAGUGGGUAUCGAUUGGGCGUCAAGCAGAAUUGUAUCCUAGAGGUGCAGAACAAUUGGGUGUUAUAGAAGAUGAUAUUUUAAUCAGCAAAUUGAGACCAAAGCAAGAAAUUCAUGCUUUUAUGCAUGCAGUCAAAGGUAUCGGAAGAGAUCAUGCCAAAUUCUCUCCAGUAGCUACUGCUUCAUAUAGAUUAUUACCGGAGAUUAAAAUGUUAAAACCAGUGAGAGGAGAUUUGGCCCCACUUUUUAAAAAAUGUUUCAGUCCUGGUGUUAUAGAAAUUGUUGAACAUGAUAAGGAUAAUCCUGAUUCAUGGGAAGCUGUUGUCAAGAAUGCGCGUUAUGAUAGCUGCUCUCGGAAUGUUUUUCGUUACGAUGAUUUAAAGGAUACUGUACAACUAAGUCGAGUAUCGAAUCAUUUUAUUUUUACUAUUGAAUCUGUUGGUGCAUUAUCAUCAGCCAUAUUGUUUACAGAAGCAGUCAAAAUAUUAAAAUCCAAAUGUAGAACAUUUUUAGAAGAACUUGAAAAUCCCUCAUAAUAGAUAGAUUCGAUAUUAUGUAUUAUAUUUUAAAUAAAAGAAAACAAAUGCUUUUUAUAAAUGUUUUAUUAUCAUUAGAACCUCAUAUAUUGUAUAUUUUGUUUUCAAUUUAUGUGUAUUCGUUGUAACAUUUAUGAAACAUAUAUUGACGACAGUAAUACUUUCUUCUUCUUCUUUUAACUUUUAUGAAAAUAUUGAUAUGUGAAACAUUGUAUAAAAACUUUGAGCAUUAAUAGACAAAUGUAUAACAUUGUUUCUAAAAAUGUAUAUGCAUACUGUAAAAUAUGAGGCACGUCGCGGUACUGUAAAGUUAUCAUUUUAUACAAUAGCCAUCUAAUUCACUAUAUUACAGUUUUGUUUAUAAAUUUCUUAUCAUUCAUGGUA